AUGGCUCUUCCCUCGAAACAUGUUGCUGUGAUCGGUGCAGGUAUCAGUGGUGUCGUUGCUGCAGCCCAUCUCAAGAAAGAAAAUAUCGAUGUCACCGUCUUUGAGCGAAGUAGUGCUGCAGGAGGCAUAUGGUUGUACGAUGAGCGAAAGCCCCUUGAGCCAUUAUAUUCAACAGUGCCAAUUUCGAAAACUGGCACGACAUAUGCAAAUGAAGACGCGGAAGACGCGGAAAGGCGAAUCCACGCACCACCAGGUCCAUGCUAUGUUGGCUUGAAAAACAAUGUGAGCACUCGCUUACUGGAAACCUCGUUGAACAAGUUUCCGGCUGGAACCGAAGACUAUGUAACGCACAAUGUUUUGGCAGACUACAUACAAGACACUGCCAUUGUAACGGGAGUGCACAAAGUCACACAGUAUGAUACGAGUGUAAAGAAUGUUUGGAAAGAAGGCAAUUCAUGGUCAGUUAAGACGACGACUCUCCAGACAGAUAGUGCUGGUGUAGAAAAGUGGAACACUUCCACUAGUGUAAGUGCUUCAAUGAACAUACAACCCGUUAUUCUAACAGGAAUGCAGAAAUUCGACGCUGUAGUCGUUGCUUCGGGACAUUACCAUGCACCAAGAGUUCCAGAUACCCCUGGUCUGGCAGACUGGAAGAAAAGGUGGCCAGACAGGGUAGAGCAUUCAAAGCGUUACAGAAAGCCUGAAAAUGCUGAAAAUAAGAAUUAUCUGCUUGUCGGUGGAAGCGUCUCAGCAACGGAUAUUGCGCGCGAGCUCAGCCCAUAUGCCAACAAGAUCACUCAAAGCCAAAGGAAUGGAAAAUUCGAUCUUCCUCAAGCAAUGCUUCCCGAAAAUGCCUACCGAGUCGAUGAGGUGGUGUCGUACGAUGCACCCAGCGUGGAUGAAUCGAAACCUUUGGGCCCGUCGGAAGCGAUACCAGGCAUAGUAACCCUCAAAUCGGGCGAGAAGCUUUGUGACAUCCACCACGUCAUACUCUGCACAGGUUACCAUCUCACAUUGCCGUUUUUGCCUCAGCUUCACGCGGACAAUACACCGGUCGACAAGGCGGAUGAUACACUGUUGGUGACAGAUGGAACACAGUUCCACAACCUUCAUAAGGACAUCUUCUAUAUCAGCGACCCUACGCUUGUAUUCGUUGGUGUGCCUUUCUUCACUGCCACCUUCAGCUUGUUCGAGUUUCAAGCCAUGGCCGUUGCCAAGGUACUCUCGGGCCAGGCGAAGCUUCCGAGCCAAGAAGCCAUGCGAUCCGAAUACAAUGAGAGAGUAAAGACAAAAGGCUACGGCAAAGCAUUUCACAGUCUACGAGACCAAGAGACAAUUUACGUCAAUGAGCUGUUAGCUUGGAUCAAUGCUGAUUUAGAGAAGGCUGGUAAAGACAGGCUCAACGGGCACAGCAGUCAAUGGCACAUUGCAAAAGCGGAAAGCGUAGCAAGGAUGAAAGCGCUUUUCUCCACGCCCGUCUUGCAAAAGAGACUCGAAGAUGUCUCGAUUACUUUGGUGCCUGCUUCGCCUACCGUCCGGUCUGAAGAGGAUGUGACGGAUAAGCCGCAUAAGUGGUACUAUUAUCUGUGGGAUACGCUCGAUAAGCCCAAGGAGGAGCGGUGGUUCAUGUUUAAGCUUGAUGCUGCGUUGUUGACUUUUGCGUCGUUGGGGUAUUUUAUCAAAUAUCUCGAUCAGUCGAAUAUCAACAGUGCUUUUGUGUCUGGAAUGAAAGAGGAUCUUGGAUUAUUUGGCAAUCAACUUAAUUACAUGCAGACGUGCUGGACGGUGGGAUAUGUUAUUGGCGAGAUACCGAGUAACAUCAUCUUGACCCGGGUUCGACCGUCGAUUUGGAUUCCCGCUAUGGAGCUCACAUGGGCAGUCCUGACAUUCUGUCUCUGUCGCGCCAAGAACGCAGAAACACUCUACGCUCUACGUUUUCUCAUCGGUCUCGCUGAAUCUACUUUCUAUCCUGGCAUGCAAUACAUAAUCGGGUCAUGGUACCGCAAAGAAGAACUCGCCAAGCGCUCCUGCAUCUUCCACACCAGCGGCGCAAUUGCAACCAUGUUCUCGGGCUACCUCAUGUCGGGCGUCUACAGACUCAACGGCAAAGGCGGCUUCAGAGGCUGGCAAUGGCUCUUCAUCGUCGACGGCAUCAUCUCCGUCCCCAUUGCUAUUAUGGGCUUCUUCUUCCUGCCCGACCUCCCCGAAAUCUCCAAACCCUUUUACCUGACAGAAAAGGAAGUCAAAUUCGCACAGGAGCGCAUGCAGCGCGAGGGCCGCCAAAAACGCCAACCUUACACUCGCGCUAAGAUCUUGAAGAUCUUUACCUCCUGGCAUAUCUACGCCCUGGUGUUCCUGUACAUCUUCUUCAACAACGGUAACUCGGGUGCGCAGCCUGUGUUCCAGCAAUUUCUCAAGGCGAGCAAGAAUCCAAAGUAUACGGUUAGUCAGAUUAAUACGUACCCAACAGCCACCAACGCCGUCCAAGUGGUAACCACACUCCUCUACGCCUGGACCAGCGACAGUAUUCUCAAGGGCUCCCGCUGGCAACCCAUUGUCUUCGGCGGCUGCGUAAACAUGAUGUGCUACAUCAGCCUCUCCAUCUGGGACAUACCCACGCGCUGGAAAUGGGCAUGCUACAUCCUGACCGGCUUUGGCGGCGGCAUCUCCGGCCUCUGCUACGCCUGGGCACACGAAAUCUGCACGCACGACAACGAGGAGCGCGCCAUUGUGGUCGCGUCCAUGAACGAAAUGGCGUACGUGGUGCAGGCGUGGUUGCCGCUCAUCGUGUGGAAGCAGGUGGAGCAGCCAAAGUACCAAAAGGGCUUUAUUACCGCUACGUGCUUGAGCUUCAUGAUGAUUGUUACCGCGUUGGCGACGCGCGCGCUGCAUAUGAGGGAGUUGGGGCAGAGGAAGAAGGUGCAGCAGGAGGAUACCAAUGGCCAAAGCACAGACAUAGUACAAUACACAAUGGUGAUCGUGGCGUUGGAACCAAUACAUGACAACAAGAUAUGUUCGUCUAAAUUGGAAUAG